AUCCUGGUUCGCCGGUCUCGAAUCGCAAAAGCCGCCAUCUUUCGGUCCUUUUUUUUUUUUUUUUUUUUUUUUUUUUUUUUUGGGUCUUCUUCUCCAACUCGGCAGCUAAAUCCCAUGAUCAUACCUUCACUGCAUUCACUCUCCAUAGUCCAUAGCUUCAACAGCUCUCCAAGCGGCCCAGCGAUCAAUAGAGCUUCAAAAUCGCCAUGUACAGAGCCGCCGCCUCUCGCGUCAGAGCUCUCAAGGGUCGAGAUGGCAGUAGGGCAUUGACAAGAUUUGCAAGUUCAUCUGUUGCUGCAACCAAGUCAUCCCCUGGGGGACUCCUUAGUUGGUUAAAUGGUGAUAAGUCUAAUUCUCUCACUCCUCUAGACUUCCCACUAAAGGAUGUUACUCUACCACCUUGGCUACCUGAUCAUGUUGAAUCUGGGAAGACCAAGGUAACAACUUUACCGAAUGGUCUCAGAAUAGCUUCAGAAACAUCAGCGAGCCCUGCCGCCUCAAUUGGGUUAUAUGUUGAUAGUGGCUCAAUAUAUGAAACACAAGUGUCGCUUGGGGCCACAUAUCUCUUGGAAAAAAUGGCAUUUAAAAGCACAUUGAACCGAAGCCACUUGCGUCUUGUGCGAGAAGUUGAAGCCAUUGGUGGUAAUGUGACAGCUGCCGCCUCAAGAGAGCAAAUGUGUUACACUUAUGAUGCUCUGAAGACAUAUGUUCCUCAAAUGGUAGAGCUGCUUGUAGACGCUGUUAGGAAUCCUGCGUUUUUGGAUUGGGAAAUUAAAGAUGAGCUUCACAAGAUGAAAGGUGAAAUUGAUGACUACUCAAGAAACCCACAGGCCUUACUUUUGGAGGCCAUUCACACUGCAGGUUAUACAGGCCCCUUAUCUAAUCCUCUCAUGGCCAAUGAAUCUUCAAUCAACAGAUUGGACAGUACGAUUUUAGAGGAAUUUGUUGCUGAGAAUUACACUGCUUCUCGGAUGGUACUAGCUGCAUCAGGUGUUGAACAUGAUGAGCUGUUGAAAGUUGCAGAACCACUUUUAUCUGACUUGCCUAUUGUUCCUUGUACUAGUAAUCCCAAGCCCGUAUAUGUAGGAGGCGAUUACCGUUGUCAUGCUGAUCAUGGGGUUACACAUUUUGCCCUUGCUUUUGAAGUUCCUGGUGGCUGGCAUAAGGAAAAGGAUGCAAUGACUUUGACAGUACUUCAGACACUUAUGGGAGGGGGUGGCUCUUUCUCUGCUGGUGGUCCUGGAAAAGGAAUGUAUUCAAGACUAUAUCUUCGAGUCUUGAAUCAGUAUCCACAGAUUCAAGCAUUUUCUGCAUUUAACUGUAUUUACAACAAUACUGGAUUAUUUGGAAUUCAAGCAACCACUACCUCUGAUUUUUCAUCAAGGGCUAUUGAUAUAGCUGUUGAAGAGCUCACUACCAUUGCAAAUCCUAGAGAAGUUGACAAAGUGCAGCUUGACCGUGCAAAAGUAUCAACGAAGUCUGCCAUUUUGAUGAACUUGGAGUCCAGGAUGGUUGCAUCAGAAGACAUAGGUAGACAAAUUUUGACAUAUGGCGAGAGGAAACCCGUGGAGCAUUUCCUGAAAGGCAUUGAUGAAGUUACAGUAAAGGAUAUUUCAUCCCUUGCACAAAAGCUCUUAUCUUCUCCCCUCACCAUGGCUUCAUAUGGGGAUGUUCUGAAUCUUCCAAGUUACGAUGCGGUCAGCAAGAAGUUCCAUUCCAGUUAAGUUUUUUCUCCCAGACAUUCAAUAAUUUUUUUGGGCCAUCUCAUGAAACAAUGUUUUGUGGAAAAGUAAUCUUUUAGACUAGAUCAGAUGAUAAAUAUUAGUCUUCCAAGCUUUUGAUAAGAAGCUGAAGUUUGGUUGGUGCAAAAUUUCUUUAUUGUAUGUGCUUGUAAUUUUAUCAAGUCUUUUCCUAUUUGUUUCCUGGCAAAAUGCUGGAAUCUGGAUUUCUGACAUUUUGCUCUCUGUGUAGGCCUUAAUAAUACUCCAUUUGUCUCAUUUUA